AUGAUAAUUGGUCUAGAAGAUCGUGCUCGUGCUGCAUUGGGUUACACAUUCAUAUUCAUUGCUCCUAUACAGUUAGUCAAUGACUUCGAGAGCACAAGGGGAUGCAUAUUGAUAUUAGUACAUACUUACAACAUCCUAAUUGAUGGAUUUUGCAAGUAUGGAAAACGUGAAGCUGCACGGGAUCUUUUCAAUGACCUUUCUUCAAAGGGAUUACUUCUUGAUGUUUGGAUGUACAAUAUAAUGAUAUUUGGGCUUUGUGAAAUGGCUUGA